GCGCCAUGAGACUGGGGCUGCUGCUCCCACUGCUGCUGCUCUGGACAAGGGGGACCCAGGAGUCCACGCUAAACCCAAAGGGGCAGCACGUCUGCCCCGGCAGCAGCCCCUCUGCGGACCUCCAGUGCUGCCCAGGCUGGAGGCAGAAAGAUCAAGAAUGCACCAUCCCCAUCUGUGAAGGGCAGGACGCCUGCAGGAAAGACGAGAUAUGUGUGAAGCCAGGCCUCUGUCGAUGCAAACCUGGAUUCUUCGGGGCACAGUGUAGUUCACGCUGCCCAGGCCAAUACUGGGGCCCCGACUGCCGUGAGACCUGUCCCUGCCACCCUCAUGGCCAUUGCGAGCCGGCCACAGGUGUGUGCCAGUGCCAAGCCGGCCGCUGGGGCAGCCUCUGUGAGUUUUCAUGCUCCUGCAGCUCCCAUGCACGUUGCGACCCCGCUACGGGCACAUGUCAUUGUGACCCAGGUUGGUGGUCGCCCACGUGCCAACGCACAUGCCAGUGCAAUCCAAGGGCGCACUGUGACCCAGUCACUGGCGCCUGCCUGUGCCCGCUUGGCUUUUGGGGUCGCCGCUGCAACUUCCAUUGCACCUGCCACACCUCACCAUGCCUGCAGGAUAACGGCCGUUGCACCUGCCUGCCAGGCUGGUGGGGCCCCGAGUGUCGAAGGCGGUGUGAGUGUGUCCGUGGCCAGUGCAACGUUGUCUCUGGCCAGUGCACCUGCCCACCCGGCUUCCAUGGCAAGCACUGUGAACUGCCCUGUGACCCUGGCCGCUAUGGAGAUCAGUGCAGUGAAAGAUGUGGCCACUGCAAGCCCAAUGCAACAUGCUCUCCCAUCACGGGCAGCUGUGACUCCUGCAAGCCCGGCUGGAAUGGAACCCAGUGCAAGCAACGAUGCCCACCUGGUACCUUUGGCAACAGCUGCAGCCAGCAGUGCCCCCGCUGCAAGCUUGGGGAGCCCUGUCAGGCAGACACUGGGCACUGUCAGCGCUGUGAGCCUGGCUGGCUGGGGCCCAGGUGUGAAGACCCCUGCCCAACUGGCACUUUUGGGGAGGGCUGUAGUUCUACCUGCCCCACCUGUGUCCAGGGGGUCUGCGAUGUGGUGACAGGGGAAUGUGUCUGUAACGCUGGCUACUGGGGAACCAGCUGCAACAGUUCCUGCCCAUCUGGCUUCCAUGGAAGCAACUGCUCUCUCUCCUGCCAAUGCUCAGAGGGACUCUGCCACCCUGUCUCUGGGGCCUGCCAGUUGGGUCGUCAUGGUAAGAAUGCCCUCAUUGCUGGCAUUCUUGUGCCUCUGCUGUUGCUUCUCCUGGGCGUGGCCUGCUGUGUCUACUGCCGCUGGGCUACCCGGUUGGAUCCCAAGGACAGGCCAGCAAGAGAUGGAGCUGCCUUAUCCAGGAUGAAGCAGCAGGUCUGGGGGGCACUGACCAGGCUGGGCUCUGCGCUGUCCUGUGGCUCCCUCAGCAACUACAAGCUUCCCUGGGUGACAGUCUCUCACCAUGACCCGGAGGUCCCGUUCAACCACAGCUUCAUCGAGCCACCUUCUGCUGGCUGGGCCUCUGAUGACUCCUUCUCUUCUGAUCCUGAGUCUGGAGCAGAGGAUGAGGGUCAUACCUACUCUGUGCCACCCCGAGAAGGGAUGAUCCCUGUGGCUGAAGCAGAGUCUCCAGAGGCCAGCCUGGCUGGAGGCCCCUUCCCGCCCCCCGAGGAUGCCUCCACACCAUUUCCUAUCCCACGCACCUCCAGCCUGGCCAGGGCCAAGCGGCCAUCCGUUUCCUUCGCUGAAGGCACCAAGUUUGCACCACAGAGUUGCCGAAGUUCAGGGGAGCUCUCCAGCCCAAUCAGAAAGCCCAAGAGGCUUUCCAGGGGCUCCCAGCCACAUCCUGAAGGCCAGGAAGCUGAGGAGUCCACAAGCCCAGAGCAAGCAAAAACGGAGGAGGCGCCUCCUGAAGCUGCUAGUCCAGGAGAUGCAGCUGAGUGUGUGGAAAUCGUCAAUGGCAGUGCUCAGGACAAUUCUAGCUCUGUAGCCACCAUCUACAUGCUAGCAGGGACACCACAGAAAUCUGAGGGUCCUAGCCGGUCUGUCUUUCAUCGUCUUGGUAACUUCCAGAAAGGCCAAGCAGAAUCCAAGGUCAAGAGUGCCAUCCCUAAACCCAUACGCCGAGCCCUGGGUCAAAACAAGGGUGGCCCAGGGCUGGCCUCUGGCUCUACCAGUCAGAACCCUGGCUCAGCCCCCAAUAUCAGCUUGGGGACUAGGCCUGAGGAAGUGUCCAGGGAGCUGAAGGAUGGCACUAAGAGUGCAGGGAGAGUCCAAGAGGUAGCCUCAGGAAGCUUUCCCCCAAUACCAGAUCCCCAGAAGCAAGCUGAAGAGAAAAGACAGGAAGAGCCUGUGUAUGAGAAUGUUGUACACAUGUCUGGGCCACCACAGGCCUGAGGGCCUUGAAUUUGGGGAGUGGGAAGAGGAUGGGUAGGGUGGGCAGGGGAACACCAGAACUGAUUGUGCUUUGUGCUAGAAAAUGGUCCUGUGGCCAGGGCAGACAUAGAGCCUCUGCUCUGAAAGAGGUCAGGGUUGGAAUCCAACUGGCUCUGGGCCUUGGCAGUGCUUUGGGAGUAAAUCUGCCUGGAAGGCCUGGGUAGAGACCCUGCAGGAUGGGGUCAGGCAUGGAAGACAGAUGGCUCUAGGGACUUUUCCUCUAUUUUCCUGGAUCCUGCCCCAAAGGAUACUGCCCUUCUUCAUUUGCAAAACAUUUUUCUGAAAUGGGAAACAACCUAAUUUUUAAGCAAAUAUUUCUUAGGCUAAGUUACUAUAUAACCAGUGGGGGG